UCCACAUAAAAGACCUGCAGGAUCUCUGGACCCGUCUAGAGGGAGAUCAGCUCAUUGUGCUGGAGGAGGCCGAUAUCGCCAAGUUCUCAUUCACUGCUGUUACUUUGGAGAGUGAAGAUGACGAACCUCAGACCUCACAGCUUCAUCAAAGCCAGACGGAGGACGACAGAGAGGCGGAGCCUCCAGCCGGCAGCUCAGCUACACCGAUACAAACAGAAACUGAUGAAGACGACUGUUGGGGUUCAGGAGACCAGGGCACCUGAGUCUGCUGCACAUGCCCUGAAAUAUAAGGAAGCUCUUGAAACCCUGACAACAAAUCCAAUGGAUCACUAUCAAAAGUGCUCAUGAGAAAGAAACCAUUCUGUUGUGACGAGUGUGGGAAAAGAUUUACACGUCGGGGAAAUCUGAAGAGCCACAUGAGAGUCCACACAGGAGAGAAACUAUUCAGUUGUGUCGAGUGUGGGAAUAGAUUUACAGAACAGGGAAAUCUGAAGAGACACAUGAGAAUCCACACAGGAGAGAAACCAUUCAGUUGUGUCGAGUGUGGGAAUAGAUUUACAGAACAGGGAAAUCUGAAGAGCCACAUGAGAAUCCACACAGGGGAGAAACCAUUCAGUUGUGACGAGUGUGGGAAAAGAUUUUCACAACAGGGAGCUCUGAAGAAACACAGAGUCCACACAGGAGAGAAACCAUUCAGUUGUGACGAGUGUGGGAAAAGAUUUACAGUACAGGAAAGUCUGAAGAGACACAUGAGAGUCCACACAGGAGAGAAAUCAUUCAGUUGUGAUGUGUGUGGGAACAGAUGUACGCAACAGGGAGAUCUGAAGAGACACAUGGUAGUCCACACAGGAGAGAAACCAUUCAUUUGUGGUGUGUGUGUGAAAAGAUUUACAAAACAGCAAAAUCUGAAGAAACACAGAGUCCACACAGGAUAGAAUGUGUUUCUUCCAGUUGUGACAAAUUUCACAUGGAAGUUGUUCUCUUUCUAAUGUGUGAAUUAAAAAAAUAAGUAAAAUGUUUUUAAUUGUUUCCCAUGUCAUUUAUUUGUCAACGAGAUGGAAGACAGUGUUUUCUAAUCAUUUGAUGAAUCUUUAUUAAAAACAAUGACAACAUACUGAGUGUCUUUGAUGGAGGAAACUAAAAACAAACUAAAAACUCUGUACAAAUACAUCUGUAUUUAAAAUGCAUUUUCCCUGUAAAGUUUUAAAAUCUACAUAAAGAGACUUUUGC